AUGGUGUUGUCUGGUGAAGAUUGCACAAAACUGAAAGGAACGUUCGACAGCAGAGCUAUGCGUAAUGGAGCAAGAACGAGAUGCGCACAUGAUCUUGUUCGUAUGGCAGCGGUAGCGCCGGUCCAGAAAAAGUGUUAUAAGCUUUCGCGUCCUAAACAUGAUGACCGACUUUCUGAUAGCGACGACGAAGAACCGAAGAAAAUCCGCUCCUAUAUCAAGCCAAAUAAGAACAUCAACACGUACGAGUGUUUGCGAGAAGAUCGAUUACUCGCCCGAAUAACGAAUCGUCAAGCAUCAAGCUUCGGGAAUCCAAAGCGACAUGCUCCAACAGUGACGCCAGUUCAUCCAGUUCGCCGAGAAAAGAAUGACACGAAUUCUAAAGAUUCAAGAGCGUACUUUUCCAAACAGCCUAAAUUUGAUGAAACCUCUCAUCAUUCUUCGAGCUUCAAAGUCAAGGAUACGGCUCGUGCUAAAGUUGCAGCUCCGUCGUUUUUGGAAAGACAAUGUCCAACCUCUUCAAUUGCUUACUCUCAUCUAGAUGAGAGGUCCCCCUCUGCUCCGACAAUAGGGAGCAUGAACCCUCGAAAAAGUCCAGAGGAAGCCUCCAAUUCCAUUGGUGUUCGUCCUAAAGUGGGGAAGUCCUCAUUCAAGGCUCGUAGCAUUCCGAAACCUCCACCUUUGCCAAAAAAGAGAUCAAGGCUGUCUUCGAUGACAAAAAUAGAGGGACAAGAAAUCGGUCACCACCCGAGUUCAAAUGAGGCUUCAUCUCUCAUAAAGAAAUUUCGAGAAGCUAGAACUCCCUCUGCAACUCUUUUAGAUGCUUCAAAUGCGUUGGACUCAGGAACUUCUCAUACAGCCGGAACUACGCAUGGCGAGAAGAUAACAUGGAAUGAACAUUUAAACCUCGCACACAUGUACAAAGGUCGUGCUAAAAUAUUUACGUUGGGGACUUUGCCAGCUGAGGAAGCUUGGUAUGUCGAGCUAUUUGAAAGCAGCUUACCUGAAGACAGAAGUGUCGGACGAAGGCUAGCCUCUGAUUCUGUUUGUGACAGGGAUCAUCUGGAUCGUUCUAUGACCAACAAAUGCACUACAGGGAAAAAUAUCGCUGUAAAAAAAAACAAAAAUUUGAGUCCGGUCUACAUCAACUCAAUUAGUCAUCAAGAGUCAUCAUGCGAUUUCGAUCCUGCUCAUUGUACAUUGAGCAUGGAUUGCACACAAGCCGACGGAACAUCUGCGAACUCUGAAACGGCAUCUGUACGACAUUUUUCAAGUUUGUAUGAAGAAGAAAAGAAGAAACCACCUAAAAUAAGGUCAUGCCUCGCAACAGCGACCAAGAGGAAAGAGAAGAAGAGCAUCAGUUUCUCUGAAGACCUUGUAUCCACCUGUUAUUACGAAAGUCUCCCUGAUACCGACUGCCAAGAGAAUCAAUGGUUCCCGUUAUCGUCUUCCACCAUUGAUAAGGAGAGUGAAUUGAACCGUAACACUGAGAUGCAGAGUAAUUUUGAGGAAGGUCUCACACGAAAUGAGCUGUGUGAACGAACGCGGGGCUCAUCGAAAGACUUUUUUUCUGAGAUGAAGAAAGAAUCCUAUCAACUCAUCCAUUAUCUUGUUGAUGUUAUUACAGUUCACAGUGUACAGUAUAGCAUGGUUACACCAAUCUGCAACACUCGGAAUCAGCUAAAGAUCGAUGCAUCCACAUGCUUCGUCGAAUUCGGUCAGCAUUCGUUUCGUUUUGCUAGACGUUAUGAGAACGAUGUCAUCAGCAAAGCACAGAGGUUUCGCAAUGCAUUCUCGAGAGUGGCCGUGAAUGUUUUAGAAUGGCGAAAUUCCGGUCGUGAAAUUACUGUACAACUCUUGGAGUACCUUGAUGUACUGAGUAGGGGACGUCUUGGUUGUCCAGAAUCUCACUUCUUAUACAGCAACACGGUCUUCCACUUGGACCUUGCAUUCCGACAUAUAGCGCGUGAAGAGUCUCGCUGGGACGUAGGUGAUGUGAUCAACAACUGGAAUAUCCCUCCUCUCGUCAAACAGGAAGAAAAGGACGACGAUGAUGAGAUUGAAGUAUUGUUUUGUGGGAAAACUAAGUAUAUCGAAGAACUUCGUGGAGGAUCUGGACUGCGGUAA